AAAUACCUCACCCAUUACAACCUCCCUGGGAGCCUUGCUCCUCUUUUUGAAAUUUGAUUUCCCUCUCUUUAACAUUUACAUAAUUUCAUUUGCUGCUCGCUCUAUUUAAAUCCCUCAUAUACUCCCUUCUCGGCAGGCCCGAAUUUUUUUUUAUCUCUGAUUUUAUUUAUUCCUUCACAUUUUCUACAAUUAACUACAUCUGUUUCAUUCAUUCAAAAAGCUUACGAAUUCAAACUGCAAUAAUGUCCAACCAGAUGUCCAAGAAAAAUAUCCAUCAGAGCGUGCUUGUCUUUUUCAGCUUACUCCUGGCUUGCAGCGUUUCUGCCGCUCCCUCAAUACCUUCCGCGCUUCCCGCAUAUCUCCCAUUGCCGCCAAUACAAGCAACUGUGCCAGCAAACGACGGGCCAGCUGCAAGAGCACACGUCGUUAGCCCGGACUCGACCGGACACGGAAUUGUUGGGAUCUUUGAAUUCUAUAACAUGCGUUCUGCAAAUACUGUUGGCGUGACGUUGACCGUGACAGGCUUAGAUACUGUUAUGCCUCUAGUGGAUCACGCUUAUCAUAUUCACACCCACCCGAUCUCCUCGGACGGAAACUGCUCGUCUGCACUUGGUCACCUGUCUCCUAAUGGGAUUCCUGAUAAACCAGCUUGUAAUCAUGAAAUGCCACAAACCUGUCAAGAAGGGGAUUUAGCUGGUAAACAUGGCCUAUUACCCGCUGGACACAACAUUGUUCAAAUGCAAUUUGAAGACGCUUUUAUUAAGUUUCAACCUGAGAAUGAAAGUAUCCUUGGUCGUAGUGUUGUAAUUCAUGGUUUAAAUGGAGUUCGUCUUGCUUGUGGUAAUAUCACCUCGGUAUUGGAUGGCACGGCUGACACGAUUGGAAACCCUAAUGGAAGAGCAUCUACAAUGAACCACCAUUAUCCAGCACCGGGCCAAGAGAUGACUCACCCAUGAGUAUGUAUCAGUCCAAUGUUUAGAGUAUCUGAAUGAUUAGUCAUUAUUGAAGGGAUUUCGUAUAUCAGUUGACAUUUUGUCGUCCAAUAUUCCUGGCAGUCUUAUACAUCAUGAGUAUUUUGUUUUGAUCCUUAAUUUGUUUGCUUUUUCGAUUCUUUCCAUACGGACUCUUUACAAUAUUUGUUACAUCUGAAAGAUAUAAUCUAUACACUCACACAAUAUGACUCAGCACAAUAAAAUCGUGAUAACCAAACU